AUGUCGCUCGGACCAGCAGGCGCAAACUUAGACCCAGAGCACGCGGACAACUUCGAGGAUAUCGAGAAGCAGUUUGCCGUCAAAGUGGUGCAGCACAUGGAGACGUACUGGAACAUCCUGGAGAAAGUCCGCGGCUCGCAACUUCGCCUCACCAAAUUCGACGACGACAUCUACGAGCACUUUAAGAAGGAGUUCCCCGAGUUCGAUGCCUCGGCCACCAUCAACGAAGACGAUAUGAAGAGCAAGGUGGGAAAGGAACGAUGGCGCAAGUUCAUCGGCGAAUACGAGAAGAAAGUGGAGGACUACAACUUCGGGGCAAUGCUUAGGGCGAACCCAAAGACCGAGUACGGCGAGAAGGAGACAAUAUUUGCGGUGCGCAUGCAGUUCUACGCCAUUGAGAUUGCUCGGAACCGCGAAGGCCUGAACGACUGGAUCUAUGAAAAGGCACACUCGGAGGACAAGUAG